AUGCCGAAUUACUCUACCAUUUCUUCCGAUUCCGGUCGAUCUAGCCCGGACCUGCGCGCCUCCAGCAGCAAUAGCGACGACAUGGCGCGACGGCGACGGGGACGCAGCCCCAAGCACGGUGGCGCCGGCGGUGGCCAGGCCACCAUGAUCAGCAGCGUCAUCAACCUCCUCAACACCAUUGUCGGCGCCGGCACACUCGCCAUGCCGGCCGCCAUGUCGCAUAUGAGCGUCGGCCUCGGCACGCUCGUGAUCCUGUGGUCGGGCCUGACGUCUGCGUUUGGGCUGUACCUGCAGUCGCGCUGCUCCCGCUAUCUCGACCGCGGCACGGCGUCCUUCUUUGCGCUGUCCCAAAUCACCUACCCCAACGCCGCCGUCGUCUUUGACACGGCCAUUGCUGUCAAGUGUUUCGGCGUCGGCGUCUCGUACCUGAUCAUCAUUGGCGAUCUGAUGCCGGGCGUCGUGCUCGGGUUCAAUGGGGAGGCGGGCGCUGUGCCCUUCUUGCUGGACCGCCACUUUUGGAUCACGGCGUUUAUGCUCGUCAUCAUCCCGCUGGCGUUUUUGCGCCGCCUCGACUCGCUCAAGUACACCAGCGUCAUCGCUCUCGUGUCCAUUGGCUACCUGAUUGUGCUCGUUGUCUACCACUUUGCCUCGGACUCGCCUGCGGAGCGCGGCGACGUGCACCUGAUCCGCUGGCACGGCCCUGUGGCACUGCUCAGCAGUCUCCCCGUCGUCGUCUUUGCGUACACGUGCCACCAGAACAUGUUUUCCAUCCUCAACGAGCUCAAGGAUAACUCGCCCGCCAACGUCAUGGGCGUGGUGUCGUCGAGCAUCGGCUCGGCUGCGUCCAUUUAUAUUCUGGUCGCCGUCACGGGCUACCUGACCUUUGGCAGCAACGUCGUCGGCAACAUUGUGUCCAUGUAUCCCGCCAACUUUGCGUCCACUGUCGGCAAGGCCGCCAUUGUGGUCCUCGUUAUGUUUAGCGUUCCGCUGCAAAUCCACCCGUGCCGUGCCUCGCUCGAUGCUGUGCUCAAGUGGCGCCCGAACAAGCCGUUGUCGUCGUCGGCGGCGUCUCUUCUGCCCGGCGGUAGUUCGGGUGCGUCCGUCGCGUCCUCCAUGGCCAGUGCCGCUCAGGCCACCGACAGCCACGGCGCCCCCGUCUCGCCCAUGUCCGACAUGCGUUUCGCUCUCUUGACCACACUCAUCAUUGUCGGCAGCUAUGCCACCGCCCUCGGCGUCUCCAGCCUCGACACCGUCCUCGCCUAUGUCGGCAGCACCGGCUCGACGUCCAUCUCCUUUAUCCUGCCGGGCCUGUUUUACUACAAGAUCAGCGACCCGAACAGCAGCCACCACCAGCGUCUGCUGAAAGAAGACGACGAUGCUUUCCAGUCCGACGUCAGCGACAAUGACAACGAGACUGACCUCAACGCCGACGAGGCGUCACUGCUGUCGGCCGGUGGCCGUGUGCCGAGCAUUGCCGCGGCGUCUGCGUCGCUCUCCCGCCGGCUGCGUCUGCGCCGUAAGUGGCGCUGGGACCUGGAGCAUCUCAGCGAGGGCCUCCUGCGCAAGAUGGCCUUGGCCCUGGCCAUUUAUGGCAUCUGCGUCAUGAUUGUUUGCCUGUCGAUGAACACUUUCUUCGAACCGACCCACUAA